UCGAGCUCGGCUCGUUCAGAGGCCUUGCUCCCGCUUGUGCCCGCCGGGCGAGGCCGCCACCCACCGUGCCAUUCCGUCGAACACUUCGCCGGCACCGCCGUCUCCUCCGCACCCCGUCGGCUAAUCCCCGGCGGAGAUGGAGAGGUUCUUCUCCUCCACCUCCAACGCCCCACGGAGGGACGAGGACGCCGGCAUCAUCCUGCUCUCGGGGCCCCCGUGCUGCGGGAAGACCUCGCUCCUCUUCCAGUUCGCGGUGAACAGCGCGGCGGAGAGCGGCCGCGGCGUUGUGUUCAUCUGCAGCAAGGAGAGGCUGGAGAGCAACCCCCCUUUCUUGUCCCAGGGUGUUGAUCCAUCGAUGAGCUUACUUCAGAGGAUACAAAUCAAAUACAUUGAAGAUGGUGAUGAAAUCAUAAAGUACUUUGCUGCAUUUCACCUUCUUGACAACUUCCCCGCUGCAGUCAUUGUUGACGAUUUUGCAGAUUUCUUCUCCGAAAGGAGCUGCCAGCAAAAAUAUGGAACUACUAGGGCUCGAGAUCUGGCAAUGGUCCGUGUAUUAGCUUUGUGCCACAAUGCUAUUGCACAUGCGAAUGCAAAACUCGGAACCCUUGGUUCUUGCAAUCUAUUACUAUCUGACGUACAGCAAGGUGAUACCCCAAGAUUACUGUUUAUUUACAAGAGAUGGAUAAAUUCCAUAUAUACAAUCCGAGCUGAUGGCACAGGAUCCUACAUACUUAAGAAUAUUGGCAGUUCAGAAAGUGAAUCCAAGAAAGCAAGAAAAGCUAAAUACUCAGUAGCGCUACAAUAUCUUGUUCUUGAAGAGAUCAGCAAUUAAAAUUUCUCCCUUUUUUAUUACACUUCAGUGCCCAAGAAUCUGGAAAAGUUACCUUAGGUAAUUUGGAAACAAAGAUGGAAGCGGCCAACAGCUAGUUUAGCAUUCAAUUUUCUACCAGUUACACAUGGUGCAUGUGAGUUUGUUGUAAAUGAAAUUUUGCAUCCCCAGUUGACAUUGGGCAUUUUGCAUUUGCACCAAACCGCAACCGGGUUUGAUAUGUUGUACUGAACUUCAGCAAGCAUGUUGUAUUGACAAA